AUGUCUUCGACCAACGGUGUCAAUGGCGCCGCGAGUGGCGGGUUGUCCGCUAACGACAACAUCACCCGCUUCGCAGCUCCCAGCCGACCCCUAAGCCCUCUCCCCGCCCAUGCCAUCUUCAACAGCAAGACGAGAUGUUUCGUCUACGGUCUACAGAAUCGAGCCGUCCAGGGUAUGCUGGACUUCGACUUCAUCUGCAAGCGACCUACCCCCUCAGUCGCCGGCAUCAUCUACACAUUCGGUGGUCAGUUCGUCAGCAAGAUGUACUGGGGAACCAGCGAGACUCUUCUCCCGGUUUACCAGGAGACGGCUAAGGCAGUGGCCAAGCACCCUGAUGUCGACGUAGUAGUCAACUUUGCUUCCUCGCGAAGUGUCUACCAAUCUACUAUGGAAUUGAUGCAAUUCCCUCAAAUCAAGACUAUCGCCAUUAUCGCAGAAGGUGUCCCUGAACGACGUGCGCGAGAAAUUGCCCAUGUCGCGCGGCAAAAGGGCGUCACCAUCAUUGGCCCCGCCACUGUUGGUGGUAUCAAGCCCGGUAGCUUCAAGAUUGGUAACACUGGUGGUAUGAUGGACAACAUUGUUGCCUCCAAGCUUUACCGCAAGGGUUCAGUCGGUUACGUCUCCAAGUCCGGUGGUAUGUCCAACGAGUUGAACAACAUCAUCUCGCAAAACACCGACGGUGUGUACGAGGGUAUUGCCAUUGGUGGUGACAGAUACCCGGGAACCACAUUCAUUGACCACAUGCUGAGAUACCAGGCCGACCCCGAAUGCAAGAUUCUCUUGUUAUUGGGUGAAGUCGGUGGUGUCGAGGAAUACAAGGUCAUUGAUGCCGUGAAGCAAGGUGUUAUUACUAAGCCCAUUGUCGCAUGGGCUAUCGGUACUUGCGCAAGCAUGUUCAAGACCGAGGUCCAAUUCGGUCACGCUGGUUCCUUCGCCAACUCCCAGCUUGAGACAGCUGCCAUGAAGAACAAGAAGAUGAAGGAGGCUGGUAUCCACGUCCCCGAGACCUUCGAGGACCUUCCCCAGGUUCUUGCCCAGGUCUACCAGAAGCUUGUUCAGGACAAGACCAUCAUUCCCCAACCCGAGCCCGUCGUUCCCAAGAUCCCCAUCGACUACUCAUGGGCCCAGGAGCUUGGUCUCAUCCGAAAGCCUGCUGCCUUCAUCUCCACUAUCUCCGAUGACCGUGGCCAGGAACUCCUGUACGCUGGUAUGCCCAUCUCGGACGUUUUCAGAGAGGAUAUCGGUAUUGGUGGUGUCAUGUCUCUCUUAUGGUUCCGCCGCCGUCUGCCCGACUACGCCUCCAAGUUCCUUGAGAUGGUUCUCAUGCUUACAGCUGACCACGGUCCUGCGGUCUCUGGUGCCAUGAACACUAUCAUCACUACCCGAGCUGGUAAGGAUCUUAUCAGCUCUUUGGUCUCUGGUCUCUUGACCAUUGGUUCCCGAUUCGGUGGUGCUCUUGAUGGUGCCGCCGAGGAGUUCACCAAGGCUGCCGACAACGGUCUUAGCCCCCGUGAAUUCGUCGACAGCAUGCGCAAGCAAAACAAGCUCAUCCCUGGUAUUGGCCACCGUAUCAAGUCGCGUAACAACCCGGAUCUUCGUGUCGAGUUGGUCAAGGAAUACGUCCUAGCCAAGUUCCCUAGCCACAAGCUUUUGGACUACGCAUUGGCUGUGGAGACUGUUACCACCUCCAAGAAGGACAACCUUAUCCUCAACGUCGACGGUUGUGUUGCCGUUUGCUUCGUUGACUUGAUGAGGAGCUGCGGCGCUUUCAGCCAAGAAGAAGCUGAGGACUACAUGAAGAUGGGUGUCCUAAACGGUCUUUUCGUAUUGGGUCGCAGCAUCGGUCUGAUCGCUCACUACCUCGACCAGAAGAGACUACGCACCAGCUUGUACAGACAUCCUUGGGAUGACAUUACUUACCUGCUCCCGACUCUGUCGAACACUGGACCGGUGGGUGAGGCUAGAGUGGAGGUUUCUGUGAAAUAA